GGGGCGCGGCGCGCGCCGCGGCGGAGGGAGGGAGGCUGCCAGCCCGGACCCGGUCGCAGCGCCCGGGGCGGCUCCUCCUCGAGCCUGGGACCGCCGCGCUCCCGCCGCCGCCGCGUGCUGGCGUGACUCCCGGCCCGUGCCGCGCCCUCCCGCGUCCGCAGCCGGCUCGGCUUCCUGUCCACCCAGACGUCGCUUCUCCCGGGCUCCCGGUGUCGGCUCCGCGCGGAGGGAGAGGAAAUGAGUGCGGCGGCAUCGCCGGCGUCGGAGCGGGGUUGGAAGAGCGAGAAACUAGAUGAGGCUCAGGCCCUGGCGCGGAGUUGCGCCGCCCGCAGACCCGACUUCCAGCCGUGCGACGGGCUGUCUAUCUGUGCCACGCACAGCCAUGGCAAGUGCUUCAAGCUGCACUGGUGCUGUCACCUAGGAUGGUGUCACUGCAAAUACAUGUAUCAGCCUAUGACCCCUGUGGAACAGCUUCCAAGCACUGAGAUUCCUGCCAGGCCUCGGGAACCCACAAACACCAUUCAGAUCUCAGUCUCGCUCACUGAACACUUUUUGAAAUUUGCAUCUGUCUUCCAGCCUCCCCUUCCCCCUGACUCACCGAGGUACUGUAUGAUUUCAGACCUCUUUAUUGACAACUAUCAGGUUAAAUGUAUUAAUGGGAAGAUGUGUUAUGUGCAGAAGCAGCCGGCGCCACAUUCCCACAGAAUGAGCCCUGAGGAGGUCUCUGCACACGAUGCCUUAAUUUCAAAAGAGAGCAAUACACCAAAAAUAGAUCACUGCUCUUCUCCCUCAAGUUCUGAGGACUCUGGGAUCAAUGCGAUCGGGGCUCACUAUGUGGAAUCGUGUGACGAGGACACAGAAGAAGGAGCAGAACUGAGUUCAGAGGAAGAUUACAGUCCAGAGAGCAGCUGGGAACCGGAUGAGUGCACCCUUCUCUCCCCCUCGCAGUCUGACCUGGAAGUGAUUGAAACGAUAGAAACGACCGUGUGAGAGUCCAGACAGGAAGCCGCAGCCUCGGACCCACACCGAGCUUUUGUACCUUUGUCUGGUGGAUCCUUUUUUCCAAUGCUGUUGAUAUUUUCUACCCACCCCGCCCCGCUCCAACCAACAACCGUAGCAGUUCAGUGGUAUGCUGAUUAGCUUCUCUCCGUCUUACAACUAAGACAUUCUUUUUAUUAUAAACGGUUUUCUUUUGUAUCUCGACUUACUUUCUAUGUAGCAUCUGGUGUCAUGAAUUGUGACCCAGCCUUAAUUUCACUGGGAGAUUUGAAGUCGGUGAAGUGAUGGUCACAGAGAAUCUUGGAUCAGAUUGAGGAGGUACCGAAAGGGAAGGAGCCGGUGUUUUCUCGGUAGCCAGUCCUUCACAGAGAGACUUUUGCCAUUCCCUUUGGCAUGUUCACAGGCACUCCCGUCCUGUCCUGCUUGUCCUGUGCAAGCAGCACUCCCUACUGAGUGUGCACUGGUAGAUGCCGUUUCUUCCCUUCCCCUUCUCCCCGCACCUGCACUGGGUCUGGAUCAGAGCUGCCUUGGCUUACUUCUGGGAGGUCACUGGAGGCCAGCUCAGCCCAUGGUUUGUGGCCAGUGUCUGUACAAGGCUCCGUGACUGGGGCUGAGCUAAACAUUCACAUGAGAAGAGAUGACCUCAUCUGUCUCAUGCUCAAUCCAGCCUUAGCUGAGCACUUGUCCCCUGCAGGGUGCUGUGGGGACACAGCAUGAAUAAGACCUGAUUCCCACCAUGAAGGGGCCCACAGUCCUAUAUAUGACACAUUCAACUCAUGACACCCAGAAAGCUCUGGGAACCCAGGGGAAGGAUGAGGUUUACUUGGCUGGGGCUAGCUGGGGAAUGUGUUUCAGCAUUUGAGCUGGCUUCUUGGUGGGUUCCCCAACAUUUCUCUGCUUUUAAUUGUUCUUCAAGUCUGGGAAAAACUCUUAGGAAGUUAUAUAGGUAUCAUAUUUAGGAGGCAGCCACAUCUGACAUCUUAAGGAAAAAACAUAAAUUAAUAGUUUUAGUUAGCAUGGAAAUGCUAAAGACAGAAGCCCUUUAGGGAUCAGGACUGAAUCUAAUAGGUUUGAUUAAUUCUGCUUCAUUUGGUUGUAUGAAGCAUUCGUAUGGCUUAAGUGAGGAAUGGAUUAGAAUUCAGUGUGAUGCAUGGAUUUUUAUGCAGCUGUAAAAGCAGUUGAAAUAGUUUGCUGCUAAGUCAGGAGAAAAUAUUCAGCGUAAUAGCCAUUCACUUUCCCACACUGUCUGUCUGUUGUAUGUGUUCUCUCCCCUCACAUGCACAAAAUAGUGACUAAUUCUUUCUUAUUUAGCUCUCUUCAGAAUUCUAUUUCUACUCUCCAUUUAUACCAGGUAUUCUUGUGAGUCAGUUAACUGCUAUUUCUCCAAACCUUCUAUCCAUGAGGCAUAGUUUCAAAUCCUGGAAAUUUUAAGUAUGGCCUAAUGAGAACAUCAGAGUUGGAGACAGAACAGUACGUCCAUCCUAACUAUGCAGAAGCGCGCUCUCAGGCCAUUGUGCUCUGAGAUUCCCUUGUGCUCUGGCACCAUUAUGGUACAUCUCUAUGUCACAUUAAUUUUUUUUUUUUUUUGAGAUGGAGUUUCCCUCUUGCUGCCCAGGCUGGAGUGCAGCGGUGUGAUCUUGGCUCUCUACAACCUCUGCCUCCUGGGGUCAAGCGAUUCUCCUGCCUCAGCCUCCUGAGUAGCUGGGACUACGGGCACGUGCCACCACACCUGGCUGAUUUUUUGUAUUUUUAGUAGAGACGGGCUUUCACCAUGUUAGCCAGGAUGGUCUCGAUCUGACCUUGUGAUCCACUCACCUCGGCCUCCCCAAGUGCUGGGAUUACAAGCAUGAGCCACCACGCCCGGCUGGAUUUGUAAGAAAAAGUUGUGUUCUCCCCUGAAGCCUCCAUUUAGCAUCAUUCACAAACUACUCAAGGAAGAAUCUGCUUUCCCAGUUGUAUGUAUAAUUUAAGUCGUUUACUAGAUAGAAAUUUUUUUUAGGUUUAGGUGGCCAAGACAUCUAUACGGUUUAGAAGGCAGAGUAUACAUUUUCCUUUGCAAACAGUAUGAGUUAAAACUUUCUAUGCUAAAUGAGAAUGCAGCAUAAAGUCUCCACUUACUGAAAUUUAAAGAUUCAACAAGACAAACCAAGAAGGGGGUCAGAGGAGCUCUAGGAAAGGCCCAGGAGAGGGCAGGUGGAGGCAGGUGUGAGCAUGAGGAGCUUCCCCCUGCCAGGGCAUGGCCCAGGUGGCACAGGGACAUCUGAUGAGCCCUGCCCGAGGUUCUCGGUGCCUCCCGUGCAUGAAUGGCUCACUGAAGGCAGGUGUGGAAGCCAAAUGCCUGCAAGCCGUGUGUCAGGCCACAGCAGUGCAGUCAUGCGUCACGCACUCAGGUUUGUAACAGCAACACCAGGGCCCUGUCUAGAUUUACCCUGUGGGUGAGCCCGUUCUCCAGAUGGGCGUAUAAAGGGGCUUUCUCCUCUACACCAUUCCUGUCAACGUUCUGCACAGGCCCACAUUCCCACCACUAAACCAAUGGAGUCAACCAGAUUUCUAAAGCCAUGGAUAUACGUGGUCACGGGGCCACAUUUCUGCAGCUGGCUCAGUGGCAGGCUUGGGCCGUCUCUCAGUACCAUCUAAGACUUCUGUCUAGGUUCCUGUUUUUUUAGACUCCUGAACUGCCAUUCUGAUUAGACACAAUUUUAAUGGAAUUUUUGGAUUUAAUAAUAGUUGAUAAUCACCUUAUGUAUUUGCACAAUCUCUUUAUAAUUAAAAACUCACUAAGCUUCACUUACUACUAUCUACUAUAUAGAAUUAGAGACAUUCCAUUGGAUUCUAAGUAUCAGACACUCCUGGAUCUCAAAAUGACCUUUUCUAAAUAAGCACAAGAUUUAUUUUUGUCCUAGCACUGUUGAUAAUACUCUGAAAUAUGUUAUUGAACUGGAAUUGUUUCUUUAUGCUUGCAUUCCAAAACCAACUGAAACAGAUUGUAGUUUCACUUUAAAUUCUAGGCCUGUUCUAUAUUAUAUGAAGGAAUUCUCUGUAACGCUGAUACUAUGUUGCUAAUUUGUAUACUUAUAGGCACUUUAGAAAAUGUUUAGACUGCAACAUGCACUAUAACAUUCAACUCAGUCACAUGAAGUGGUUAACACUUGCACACUGACUGACAGAUAUGAAAGCUGUAUACUUCGGACCCAGUAAUAUGCUCAUUGGAGCAAGGGUUGGGCUGUGUGGAUGGAUAAACUGCUUUCUUGGGUUUACAUGGAAACCUGGUACCACUCCUACUUUUGGAAAGUUGGUAUAAAAGCUAUUAGGUAGAAGCUUGAUUCCACUAAAUGUAGAAUUUAGUUUUCUUCUCUAGCCAAGAUUUUAGAAGUUUCAAGUUUCAAAUAUGCUUAUAACUUUUCCAAGAAAUGAUGAUUACAGUGCUUUUGUGGUUACAACUGUUUGGUAUAUUAAAAAAUAAGGGUUUACUAUCACAUCUAGGUCUUUUUUACUAUGUCAUUUUUAAGAUAUGAAAUAAGAAUCUAAGAACAGCCCUGAAGAACAGUCCUUUCCUGGGAGGGGAAGACUUGUAAUUCAAGGUCAUAUAAUACAAAAUAAAACAAAAACAAAAGCACCAAGAGCAGAACAAAACAACGUAGUUGCUUUCCUGAAAUACUGUUUGGAUUUGAUUCUAUCUUGGGAGUGGUGGCUUUACUUUUUUUUUUUUUUUUUUUUUUUUUUUUUUUUUUUUUUUUUUUUGAGACAGAGUCUCGCUCCUUCGCCCAGGCUGGAGUGCAGUGGCACGAUCUCGGCUCACUGCCAGCUCUGCCUCCCAGGUUCAUGCCAUUCUCCUGCCUCAGCCUGCCGAGUAGCUGGGACUACAGGCGCCCACCACCACGCCCAGCUAAUUUUUUGUAUUUUUAGUAGAAACGGGGUUUCACCGUGUUAGCCAGGAUGGUCUUGAUCUCAUGACCUCGUGAUCCACCCUCCUCGGCUUCCGAAAGUGCUGGGAUUACAGGCGUGAGCCACCACACCCGGCCGGCUUUACUUCUAAUCCUCCACUUCUUGGUCUAUUUGAACCAUCACAAGUAUUUUGGGACCGAUAACAAACCCCUUUUAUGCUAAUUUAAUUCUUGACUUGGGUAAUAGGUGCACCUGGAUAAUUUAUAAAGCUGUCCAUAGAUCUAAGUUUAGUGGUACAGAUACUACUGGGCAGGAGAAAAAGCACAAGUUAAAAUAUUUCUACAGUCAGCUCUUAAUAUUCCCACAUCUUGUUUGCAAAAUUUUAUGGUCACGUUCUGGCUUUUUUACAUGAGGAAAACAAAGUUUUAACAGUGUUCUCUUCUGUCCCCUUCUCCAGAGGAGGUGUGAACCAGAACUGAGGAGGCCGUUAUAUUUCAGGCUUUUCAGUAGUACAAUUUUGUCCUCUCCCACCGAGGAGGAGGGAAGAAGGGGGAAGCCAGUGGGAGUUCCACGCGCGUGGUCAGUGCUGUAAGUUCCCGGAUAUCAGUGUCUCUCACAUCAACACAGAAAUAGGGCACUUCUCGACAUUAAUUUUGGAAUUAUUCACCAUUUAAAAAUUGUCACUGCUCUUUUUCAUUACUGUAGGUAACUGAGAGUUAGCUGUUCUAGGAAAAGGCCAUGUUUCAGUUAGUGCUAUCAAUUCUUUUUUCGAUUAAGGUUGAAGCAGUGUUCUCUUAGUAGCCUGAACACUUCUCAAAGCAACUUAUCACUAGCGGCUUUAAUAUUGAGCUUCUAUAUCGUUGUGUCCACCUCACUUUUUAAGGCUGUUCAUACCUGGCAAUAUUCACUUACUCUGCUAUUUUUAAAAACUAUUUUAAAGUUUUAAGCACAAUGUUGACUCUUCUGUAAUUUCCUAAAAUUAUAUUGUUUUCCUACAGACAGCUCAACUUUCCUUGAUAUGUAACACUUUAAGAAAAUAACUGCCUUGUAAAAUAAACGUGAUUUUUUUUUUCUUUUA